AUGUCGGCAGACGCUCCCUCAGCUUCGAUGCCUUCGCAGGAUGCGCCGCAGCAAGAAUCUAGAGCGCGCAAAGACAGCUUUUCUGGAAAAUCGCAAACUUCAGAGACAUCACAAACUGCCGCAGAAUUCAUUCGAUCGCAAGAAGCUCUCGAGGCCGAUGCCCGCGAGGCGUUACCUUACAGCAUCGAUACAUGCACCAAAAUCCUCGGACCUUUGCGACAGGCUGUCUUCGCAUGUUUGACCUGCAACCCACCUCCCGCUAAAGAUGGCGAUGAUUGGACACCUGCCGGCGUCUGCUACGCAUGCUCUAUUCAAUGCCACGGUGAACACAACCUCGUCGAGAUUUUCCAGAAGCGCAACUUCACAUGCGACUGCGGUACCAAGCGUAUCCCCUCGACAAGCCCAUGUACCCUGCGCUUAAACGAGACAACCAACACCAGAGGCAGUGUUCACUCCGAAGAACCCGAUGUGAACAACAAGUACAAUCACAACUUCCGCAAUAGGUUCUGCGGUUGUGACUGUGAUUACGAUCCAUUCCAGCAAAAGGGCACAAUGUUCCAGUGUCUCGGUCUGGGCACAACUGAGACUGGCGGGUGCGGCGAAGAUUGGUAUCAUCCAGGGUGUCUCGUCGGCAUGGGGCCAAAAUGGUUUGAAAAGAUGGAUAAGCCUAAAAAGGCAGCCCAAGAGAGCGCCGAGGAGGGCAAGUUGACAACGAUCACUGAAGGCAACGAGGAGCAACAAGAUACUACGGCACACGCUGUCCAAGAGAAGCCCAGCACCACUGAAAACGUAGUCGAGGAAGAGGAGGACGAGGAAGAUGUUCCCAUGCCCCCAGGAUUUCCAGAGGAAGACGCUUUCGAAGCCUUCCUUUGUUAUAAGUGUGUUGAGGCGCAUCCGUGGAUCAAGCGCUACGCUGGAACUUCGGGCUUCCUCCCAGCAGUAUCUCUCCACCAAGCGGAUACUGAACCAAAGGUUGAGGCAACCUCUGAGAAGGAGGAAUCCACUAUUAAAGCCGAAACAAUCACUACUUCCGAAGGUGCAACGGAAUCACGAAAGCGCAAGGCCGACGAUGAUGUCGAGGCAGCCUUAGAAGUCAAGCGUGUAAAGAGUGAAUCUUUGCCUGACCAAGACGAAAAGUCAGUAAUGGAGACAAAAUCAACAGAAGAACUCCCUUGCAAACUAAAUAACCUGCCUCCCGCACCUCAAGGCCAAUUUUCUCUCUUCAUGAAGGAAGACUUCCGCGAAGCCUUCUGCCGCUGUUCAUCCUGCUUCCCCCAGCUCAACGCCCAUCCCCAGCUCCUCGAAGAGGAGGAAGUUUACGAGCCACCUUUGUCCGAGGCAGGCUCCCAAGCAGGCGGCAACGGCGGUGGCUCUCACGGUAGCGGUAGUCUUUUGGAACGUGGCGAGAGCGCACUGCGCAACGUAGACCGCGUGCGAGCCAUCGAGGGUGUAAUGGCUUACAAUCAUCUCAAGGAGCGACUCAAGCCCUUCUUCCAGCAGUUUGCCGAGAGUGGAGAGGCCAUUGGCGCUGAAGACAUCAAGGCGUACUUUGCUAAGCUGAGAGGUGAUGAGAAGGGCAUUCAGGAGGCUGCUGCGGGUGCCAAAGAUGGAGAAGGGGGUGGAAGUGAUGACAAAGAUCAACGAAAGGAGCAGAGUGGUUUUUAA